ACAAGUUAAGAAGUGCUGUGUUCACCGUUCAGAGAGAACUUAUGUUCGACGGCUUGUCGCGGGAAGUGAAGAAACCAUAGCUGCUUUCAAAGGCAAGCUUUUACCAGUUUGGGCAAGACUUCAUAAGAUUUUGCUACGUUCCCUCUAGAAAAUCUUGGUUCAAUUACGGCAAGCAUUUGCGACUUACGAGCUCCUUUCUGUUCUGGGGAUCAAUUAGUAAAUCGCCAAGCGUUUGCGACCUCCUACUUCAUUUGUUUCUUAUGAGGAAAAAUCUAGUAACUCGUAUCUUUGUUCACCGAUGCAGUUUAUGUUAAUUCCAUGUAGAGCCUACUGUACAGCAACAAGCCGCGUCGCUUCUAAUUCCUUAAUUGCUCACUUUGCUCGACUGGGCCGGAUAGAGCUCGCGAGAAAGGUAUUCGAUGAGUUGCCUAGAAAAACCACCGUUUGUUGGAACUCAAUCGUCGCGGGAUACUUCCAGAAUCUUCAGCCAAAUGAAGCCCAGAAUCUGUUCGAUAAAAUGCCGGAGAGGAAUAUCGUUUCUUGGAACGGUUUGAUAUCUGGAUACAUUAGAAAUGGGAUGCUCAAUGAAGCAAGAAAGGUUUUUGAUAAAAUGCCUGAGAGGAAUGUUGUGUCGUGGACUGCCAUGGUUAGGGGUUAUGUACAAGAGGGAAUGAUGAAGGAGGCAGAAUGUUUGUUUUGGCAGAUGCCUGAGAAGAAUGUGGUGUCUUGGACUGUGAUGUUGGGUGGCUUGAUUGAAGAGGGACGCUUUGAUGAGGCGAGUAGAGUGUUUGAUAUGAUGCCAGUGAAGGAUGUGGUGGCUAGAACUAACAUGAUUGGGGGUUAUUGCAAGGAAGGGAAGUUGGCUGAAGCGAGAGAGAUUUUUGAUGAGAUGCCUCGAAGGAAUGUGGUUUCUUGGACUGCCAUGAUUAGUGGGUAUGUGCAUCAUAAUAGAGUGGAUGUUGCUAGGAAGCUAUUUGAAGUGAUGCCCCAGAGGAAUGAGGUGACGUGGACUGCUAUGCUGAUGGGUUAUACUCAGUGUGGAAGGAUUGACGAGGCAUCUGAACUUUUCGAGGCAAUGCCAGAGAAGCCAGUUGUUGCUUGUAAUGCAAUGAUUCUUGGCUUGGGACAAAAUGGUGAGGUUAGGAGGGCAAGAGAAAUAUUUAGUCUAAUGAAAGAGAAAAAUGAUGAGACAUGGAGUUCAAUGAUUAAGGUGUAUGAGAGAAAAGGGUAUGACUUGAAAGCACUUCAUUUGUUUAUUUUGAUGCAAAAGGAGGGAGUUCGACCACAUUUUCCGACUUUGAUUAGUAUUCUUUCUGUUUGUGCUAGCUUGGCAAGUCUUGAACAUGGUAGACAGGUUCAUGCCCAGCUGAUGAGAAGCCAGUUUGAUGAUGAUGUAUAUGUUACCUCAGUUUUGAUCACAAUGUAUAUGAAAUGUGGUGAUCUUGUGAAGGCAAAGUGUUUGUUUGAUAGAUUUCACUCAAAGGACCAGGUUAUGUGGAAUUCAAUUAUCACUGGUUAUGCCCAACAUGGUCUAGGCGAGGAAGCUUUACAAGUAUUCCAGGAGAUGCUUUACUUGGGCUAUCCACCUGAUGAUGUUACUUUUAUUGGAGUUCUUUCUGGGUGUAGCUACAGCGGGAUGGUUAAAGAAGGGCUUGAACUUUUUGAAUCAAUGAAAACUAAAUAUCUUGUGGAGCCAAAAACUGAACACUAUGCUUGCAUGGUGGAUUUGCUGGGCCGAGCAGGGCGAGUGAAUGAAGCAGUGAAUUUAAUAGAAACUAUGCCGGUGGAAGCUGAUGCUGUUGUUUGGGGAUCUUUAUUGGGUGCUUGUAGAACCCAUAUGAAGUUAGAUGUAGCUGAAAUUGCAGCAAAGAAACUCAUAGAACUUGAGCCUGAAAAUUCUGGGCCUUUCAUCUUGCUAUCAAAUAUUUAUGCAUCCCAAAAUAGGUGGGAGGAUGUUCAAAAGUUGAGGAAGAAAAUGAGAGCCAGGGAUGUGAGUAAAUCACCUGGAUGUAGUUGGAUUGAGAUAGAGAAAAAUGUACAUAUGUUUACUGGAGGAGAUAAUACAAGCCAUCCGGAUCAUGCGAUGAUCUUAAGAAUGUUAGAGAAAUUAGGUGGAUUGUUGAGAGAAGCUGGAUAUAGCCCUGAUGGCAGCUUUGUGUUACAUGAUGUGGAGGAAGAAGAGAAAGUACAUAGCUUGCGGCAUCACAGUGAGAAGCUGGCUGUUGCAUAUGGACUUUUAAAGGUUCCAGAAGGAAAGCCCCUUCGUAUCAUGAAAAAUCUUCGAGUUUGUGGAGAUUGCCACUCUGCAAUUAAAUUAAUCUGUAAAAUUAUGGGAAGAGAGAUUAUAUUGAGGGAUGCUAAUAGGUUUCACCAUUUUAAGGAUGGCUCGUGUUCUUGCCGGGACUAUUGGUGAUUGGCUAGCGCCUCCCAUGGUUCUUACUAUUCCCUGAUAAUACUGGUUUUGAGACGAAAAAAUUACACCACCUAGCUACCUCUUGCAGUGCCAAUACUCUGUUUUAAGUGCUAAUUUUGGCAAAGGUUGGGUAAUCAUACGAUUAAUAUAUCUCAUCAUUAGAUUCUCUGACUGUGGAAUGACGAUCACCAAUAGUCUGCUUCUCUAUACUUCAAGACCUUUUGUUGAAGACUCUAGACAAAGAAUGCAUUGCAGUGCGUCAUGGAUGAAGAACAUGCUACAACGCUUUAACCAGGAUGCAUAGGUAAAGUUUCUUAAGCUUCUGUUCGUCUCUGUCUGUUAUUUCCUUAUCGGUUCAUUAAAUGAAAGUCGACUGAAAGUAUGGAAUCCUGUUUUAUGCGAGUAUUUAACCUUAUGGAAUCUCCGGAUGCUUCAUCUGAUGAGUUUAUUAAGAAGAAAAAUUAAGGUUGAUUUCUUUGUGCUCUUGUGAUCACAUGAUAUGUAACUUGUAAAGUAUAAAUUUACAGUUUCUGUAUUAAUUAUAAUUAUUCGCUGGAAAGAAUGUCCGCAUCUGUAGACUGUAGGGAUGGGGUGCUACCAUCAGCCUGUGUGGAUCAUCCAUGUCAUUAGUCUGUCCUGCUAUGCUAUGUGUAUAUUAUUUGUGAUUAAUGGGUCCUAUUAUGUGCA